AUCAGAAAAUUAAGAUAAAAGAGCUCUUGAUGUAAUUAUUAGAUAAGAUAUCAUCAGAUAUCGAUUGUGGGCCGUAAGGGUGCUUCUGUUUGGCCAUUUCUGGCCAGUUUUUAGUUAUGUAGCCAUUUGUAGUGAGGCACCCGCCUGCUUAUUGAAAGCAAUGGGAAGACUGUGUAGACCAGGAAAAAGUUACUUCAGUUGCCUCCACGUUUUCCGUAUUGCAACAAUAUGUUUGGCAAACUCCAUUGGUACGAGUUCAGUGUGCUCCUAAUUAUAUUUCUGGUCAUUGUCUAUAUAUCUGUGAGCAAAUAUGUGUGCAAGAAAUGCAAAAGGGAUAAUCCUGCCAGAGCUAGUGCCCCACCAAUGAGCAGAUUCAGCGCCUCCUUUCCAACAUCACCAAUGGCCAGUCUGCGACACUGUUCGGUGCCAGCAGGUGAGCAGAUUCCAAAGAACUUGACAUUGAAAACCCAUUUUCCGACUCUCUGUUUCCCCUUGUGCCACAAUAAAUUUGUUUGUGUUUCCCACGGUAUUAGUUUACCAGCUCUGAAAUAAUUAGCGAUUUAUGUAUGUUAAUUGCUUUU